ACGUGUGGGUAAUAUAUGACGAGAGCGUGUGAAGAGAAAAGCCUGAAAAGAAAGAGCGAGAAAAAGAAGAAAAUGAGGGUGCAGUACCACUACUACCCUUUCCCUUCUCUGGCGUAUGGUUGCAGCUACUGUUAUGCUUAUGCGACUACUAAAUUAAAACCUACUCACUCACUCUCUCUAACACUCUCCAACCACCGUCGCAUUUCUGCGUCACAACCUCACUCUUCCACCUUCUCCAUCAUCACCAACCUCUUCUUCUUCCAAAACCCUAAUUUCAUCACGGGGAACACUCUCUUCCUCAGGAUGCAGAGAUUUUGCUCAGUAAGUGGCUUAAGUAAGAACAAAGCACUGGUGGAGAGGUUGCAGCGCUAUGGAGUGAUCACAUCAAGUAAGGUGGCUGAAGUGAUGGAGACAGUUGAUAGAGCCUUGUUUGUACCAGAUGGAGCUGCACCUUAUGAUGACAGCCCCAUGGCCAUAGGGUACAAUGCCACUAUCUCUGCGCCGCAUAUGCAUGCCAUGUGUCUUCAGUUGCUUGAGGAGAAUUUGCAGCCUGGGAUGCAUGCUCUGGAUGUUGGCUCUGGAACGGGGUACCUGACUGCAUGCUUUGCCUUGAUGGUUGGGCCCCAAGGCCGUGCUGUUGGUGUGGAGCAUAUUCCUGAGUUGGUGUCUUUUUCAAUAGAGAAUAUUCAGAAAAGUGCUGCAGCUGCACAAUUGAAAGAUGGUUCCCUUUCUGUCCAUGCUGGUGAUGGAAGGCAAGGUUGGCCAGAGUUUGCCCCUUAUGAUGCCAUUCACGUUGGAGCAGCAGCACCAGAAAUUCCCCAACCACUUAUUGACCAGUUGAAGCCUGGAGGGAGAAUGGUGAUUCCUGUCGGAAACAUAUUCCAAGAUUUAAAGGUGGUGGAUAAGAAUUCUGAUGGUUCUAUCAGUGUCCGCACUGAGACAUCUGUUCGUUAUGUACCCCUCACCAGUCGAGAAGCUCAACUGCGAGGUUACUAAAAUGAAGCCAAAAUCCUGAAUUUUGGAAGGCUAAUGCUUCAGAUGUUAGUGUUUGGAUCUUGCUUGUGCACAUGCCGUUAGAAGUUGUAUAGAUAAAGUUCCCUGAAUUUUGUAAGGUUCAUGUUUACAGUUACAGAUAUCAGUAGUUGGAACAUGAAUGCACUCCUAUGCUGGUAGAAUUUGUAUAGUAUGAAGUUCAUAUUCUGCUUAGUGAAUUAAUUCGUUUUCAUGAUGUGCAUAUUUUGUAAA